UGUUGGUAGCCUUAUAUGAAGAGCCAGAGAAACCAAAUAGUGCACUGGACUUUCUGAAGCAUCAUCUGGGAGCUGCAGCUCCUGAGAAUCCAGAAAUAGAGGCACUUCGCUUGGAAGUGGCAGAGAUGAAAGAAAAAUAUGAAGCUGUGUUGGAAGAAAAUAAAAAACUGAAAGCCAAGCUGGCUCAGUAUGAACCACCUCAAGAUGAGAAGCAUGGUGAAUAACAGUAGCUUCUUCUUUAAUGCCUUGACUUAAUAAAGGGCUUCCUGAGAACUGCA